AUGGUGAUCAAAACUUUACCUAUACCUACAACGAAAACUAAUGGUAAUAAUCAACUUGGACCAAAAAAACCAUCACUACUUAGUCAAUCUGUUUCAUGUCCGCCAGAUGAUCGUUCAGAACAACAUCGUUUACCUGAUGCUGCUGAUCUUCGUCGAAUGUGCAUAAUAACAAAAAGUGAUUUAAAUCGAAUCUAUGAUAAUUUAGAUCGUCGUCAACGUGAUAAAGAUGCUGUUCGACAAGAACUUGAAAGAAAAAAAGAAAUGGCUGAACGUUCAGCACAAAUAACAAAACAAUGGCCAAAUACAAUUAUUGGUGCUCGAGAACGUAAACUUGAAUUGAAAAAAAUUCGUGAUCAAGAAGAAGAAGAAAGAAAAAAAGUUUUAGAUCUUGAAGAAGAAAAAUUAGCUGCUGAACGUCGUCGUGAACAAAUUGAAAAAGCAAAACAAUUACAAUAUUAUGAAACAGAUCGUGUUCGAACAUUUCAUAGUGCAUUGUUACUUACUGAAGUUUUGAAAGAACGUGAUUUACAAAUUGAAAUGAAAAAACGUAUUGAACAAAUGCGUCAAACAGAUGAAAAUGAAGAACGUCAACGUUAUCAAGAAGCUCAAAAUGAAUUUUAUAAAACUGAACAAGAAAAAAUUGAGAACAAAGCAAAAGAUCGAGCAAACUUGGCUAAAUAUCAUCUUGCACAAAUGGAUCAACGUAAAACUCAACAUAUUCAAGAAAAACAGAAAGAUCAACAAGAAGGUGAUGAAUAUCGACGUUUAGCUGAACAAUAUGCACUUGAACAAUUAGAAUUAGAACAUUUUAAAAAAGUAACACAAAAAGAUACUAAAACUAUGUAUGAUAAAGUACUUGAUGACAAACAAAAAAUUAAACAAAUGGAACAACAAAUAGAUGAAGAGGAAGAUGAUGAACUUCGUGUAUAUGCUGAAGCAAAGAAGAAAAUUGCUCGUUUAAGACGUGAAAAAGAACUUCAAGCUCAUCAAGAAAAACAAGAAGUACGUGAUCAUAUGAUUGGUUAUUUAGGUUCAUUACAAAAACGAGCUGAAGCUGAUAAUGAUACGCAAAUAUUCCGUGCUCGAGCACAAAAAGAAGCGAAAGACUUACGUGAUGAACAAGAAAAAUUAGAAAAACAACAAAAAAUGCGAGAAUCGAUUACUAAACAUCGAUUUGAAACCAUGAAACGACAUGAAGCUGAACGUGAAAUGGAAGAACGUGAAGAUGCUGAAAUGCGUAGAAAAAAAGCAGAAUCUGAUCGAUUAUUUCUUUUAUAUCAACAGGAAAAAGAAAAACAACGUAUACAAGAUGCUCAAGCUACUGCAGAGUUUCAUUUGAAACAGGCUCAAGAACGUAAAGAUCGUCAACGAGACUUGAAAGCAAGUGAAAUGGAUGAAAUACAAAUGGACAGACAUAUGAAUGAAGUAGAAAAACAACAAUAUCAAGAUUAUACAGGACGUGUUAUAUCAUAUAUGGAAGAAAAUGGUCGUAAUACUUAUCCAAUGAAACGAGUUGUUACUGAUGAAAUAAAACGUUUUGAUCAAUUAAACCAUGCUUACAAGAAAACUGAUACACCAAUAAAUGGAAAUGGUGAGAAAAAACCUGGUAGUCAAGAUAAAAAGACAUUAGAUGAAACGAAGAAACAUUUAGGUUUUCAAUGGGAUAUUCCAAAUAAAUAA